AAAAUCAGUUCGGACUCGAGCGAUCCGAGUCGGGCCAUCACUCUUGUCGACCCUUAACACACUAAAUAAAUGUGCACGAUAUCUGAAUGCAUACAUUGAAUCACUGGGUGCAUGGUUUCACCUGUCAGAUGAUGCAGCGAUGUUAAUCGUUUUUAACGUCUAUGUGAAUAUAAUGAGCACAUGGAAAUUAAUACAGCGACGGUGUUAUGACGUGCUUUCGCAUAAGUAUUCAUUGCUAGUGAUAUUGGUAGCAUUCACUUGCAUAUUUAUUGGCAUAGUACAUUUUGGAGAGGUAUGGUUGACAUGGAGCAAAGAAAAAUACGAAGCAGUCUUUCACUCCUUCAACGACAAUAUUUUAGGAAAAUCUUUUCAAAAGAAAUUGUGCCAACACGUUCCUAUAGAUGUAGUUUAUACCUGGGUAAAUGGAUCCGAUCCAGUAUUUUUAGAAAGCCUUCAAAAACACGUCUCUGUCAUGGAUCUUGGUGCCACAGCUUCCAGAUUCAGUGAUAAGGACGAGUUGCGCUAUUCGUUGCGAUCAUUGGAAAUGUAUGCACCCUGGGUGAGGCAUGUUUACAUCGUUACCAAUGGCCAAAUACCGAGUUGGCUCGAUAUGGAUAAUCCUCGGGUGACUCUAGUCACUCACGAAGAUAUCUUUCUGAAUAAAAGUGAUUUACCAACUUUUUCUAGUCCUGCUAUUGAAAGUCAUAUUCAUAGAAUACCCGGAAUCUCUGAUAAGUUUUUGUAUUUUAACGACGACGUCAUGUUGGGUGCCGAGAUAUGGCCGGAAGAUUUCAUAACUCAAGCGGGUGGACAAAAAGUAUAUCAGGCGUGGUGGGUUCCCGAUUGUUCCGAAGUUUGUCCAUGGGCAUGGGUUGGCGACGGAUCGUGCGAUCACGCUUGCAAUACGACGUUAUGCGAGUUUGAUGGUGGAGAUUGCCAAACGACUGUUUCCCCUAUUGAUAGCGAAGUAAUAGAAGAGGAAGGUGAUUAUCCAUACAAGUAUCUGCAAGAUUCUCAUGAAAAUAAUAAUAAUAAUAGGAUGGAACUGUUAAAUAUCUUACGCGUGAAAAAUGACACUCAUCCACCAUGGCAUAAUGCACCAACAUCCACGCUUCAAACGUUAAAUAUAUACAAUCUCAGCACGUUCAAGCCAAUCAACACACUUCGAAUGACGAACGAUCGUAAGAACAGUAGUUUUAUGAGGUUACAUGUGCGAAAUAAGACGUACGUAAAGUUUGACAACAGAGAGAAUUACAAAUCUGUGAAGGAUAUUCUCGAGCCUGCAUAUUCCAGGUUUUUGCGUAAAAAUCCCUUGAGCAGAACUGCGAAUGGUACUGAACAAUUAAAACGCAGCCAUAAUAAUAAUUUGGCACAACCCAGUAAUUCUGUUAAGUUAGGUAAAUUUGCGUAUUCCAAUCAUUGGAAACAUAACACACGAGGGCUUGACACUUAUGCGGAAUCUCUAUUAUAUGUUAAUAAGAUAUAUAACGUUGCUUAUGGCCUUGAACGAAGGAGAGUACCGGCGCAUAUGCCGCAUUUAAUAGACAAAUGGGUCAUGAAUAGUAUGCAGCAGAAAUUCAAGUCCGAGUUUAAGAAAACGUCUAGUCAUAAAGUAAGAGAUCCCGAGGAUAUGCAGUUUGCAUUCUCUUAUUUCUACUUUUUAACCAGUGAAAAACGGAAAGUAACCAUUGGCGAAAUAUUCGAUAUGUUCGAUACGGAUAAUUCACGAACUUGGUCGGACAGAGAAAUAAGGACGCUUUUAACCAGACUGUACCCAUUGCCGCUCGAUUAUAAUCUAGUCAUGGAGUUUGAAAGCGCGAUAACAAACUGUUCUCAUCGCGCAAAUCUACCGGAAAUUGUCGACGUUCCACUCGGAGAAAGAUAUUUGGAUUCCGCUCUUCCGCUGGUGUCUAAAGAAUUGAUAUUGAACUGUGAAUCAGUUUCUAGAAGGAUGCAAUCGAAAUUCGGCGAGAGCAGCCGGUAUCCGCAUGAAAUAAUAAAGGCCGGUAAAAAUGAAAUUUUCGAGAUGUUGACCAGCAACGUUUCCUUAACGGUGCAAUUGCUCGACGAAAUUCGGAAAGAUCCCAAAAAGUUUAUUUGUUUGAACGACGACAUGGAUCCAAUUCGUCGUCCCGAGAACGAAGUUGUUCGUGCUCUGUUGAACGAUUUUUAUCGUUCGUUGUAUCCAUUACGAAGUACUUUCGAAUUGCCGACGCAGUAUCGAAACCGUUUCUCUCAUAGACAUGAACUUUUCGAAUGGAGAGCGAAUCGCUCAAAAGCUAGGAAUUUGUUGUUAUGUCUUGUAGCUUUACUUCUGAUUCUUACAUUUUAUCACAUGUUUUAUCAUCAUGUGCGUAGGCUAUGUAGAAUUCGAGAGUUACCUACGUUUCUUGCGUGAAUAAUUAAUUAAUGCAGCAAAUAUAACUAUGUUAUAAUUAACAGCAUUAAUCAUAUAAUGCUAAUUUAUGAAUUCUAUAAAUUAGCAUUAUGUAUAUAAUAUUAUAUUACUAUUAUAUAUUGAUUAAAUGAGCGUAGGUAGAUCUGUUUGAUCGAAACUUCCAUCUCGAUAUUUUCUAAACUGAUGAUAACGACAUCUCUGUGAUAUGAAACGAGCACUUUUUAUAAUCGCAUUUUAAUAAAAGGUUUAAUUAUA